UUUCAAUAAUUGCUUAUUAUGCCCCAGCUGUCUUUUGUGUAGCUAACUCAAUGUCAUUACGCUAAUUAAGCGAUGUUGAGGAGAGCAGCUGACUCAUAUUAACUUGAAAGCUAGCUAGCCAACAGCAGCUCGUCCAUAUUUGUGAUGUUGUGAGAUGGCACUACACCGGCUAUUCCAGCUGUCCUCCGUGCUGCGCUCCGCAGUGAGCCUCACCCUUCGCAGGAACAUCGGCAUGUCUGCUAUCCUGUUCCAGCGGGCCAAGGAGCUCGACCCCGUCCAGAAGCUGUUCCUGGACAAGAUCCGCGACUACAAGAGCAAGAGCAAGACCUCAGGCGGCCUUGUGGAUGCAGGACCUGAUUACCAGAAGAACGUGUCUGAGGAGGUCACCAAACUGCAGAGGCUAUAUGGAGGAGGCGACCUCGUCAAGUUCCCCGAUUUCAAGUUCACAGAUCCCAAGUUUGAUGAAGGAGCCAAGUAACUGCUUUCCAUGUUGUAUAUCUCCUACAUGUCACCAAUAUGUUGUAUUUAAUAAAAAGAUAGUGGAUUAAACCAUGAUA